GGGUCCCGCGGCCGCAUGAGCCGUGCGCGGGGGGCGCUGUGCCGGGCCUGCCUCGCGCUGGCCGCGGCCCUGGCCGCGCUGCUGCUGCUGCCGCUGCCGCUGCCGCUGCCCCGCGCGCCGGCCCCGGCCCCGACCCCGGGCCCCGGCCCCCGCGCGCCCCCCGCCCGACUCGCCACCGCCCCCCGCUUGCGGCCGGACGACGUCUUCAUCGCGGUCAAGACCACGCAGAAGAACCACGGGCCACGCCUCGGGCUGCUGCUGCGCACCUGGAUCUCCCGGGCCCGCCAGCAGACAUUCAUCUUCACCGAUGGGGAUGACCCUGAGCUACAGCUCCAGGGAGGCAGCCACGUAAUCAACACCAACUGCUCAGCCGUGCACACCCGUCAGGCGCUGUGCUGUAAGAUGGCCGUGGAGUACGACAAGUUCAUCGAGUCCGGACGCAAGUGGUUCUGCCAUGUGGAUGACGACAACUACGUGAACCCCGAAGGCCUGCUCCAGCUGCUGUCCACUUUCUCACCCAGCCAGGAUGUCUACCUGGGGCGGCCCAGCCUCGACCACCCCAUUGAGGCCGCCGAGAGAGUCCAGGGAGGCGGAACUGUGACCACUGUCAAGUUCUGGUUCGCUACCGGUGGGGCCGGGUUCUGCCUGAGCAGAGGGCUCGCUCUGAAGAUGAGCCCCUGGGCCAGCCUGGGCAGCUUCAUGAGCACUGCUGAGCGGGUGCGGCUGCCGGACGACUGCACGGUGGGCUACAUCGUGGAGGGGCUGCUGGGUGCUCGCCUGCUGCCUAGCUCACUCUUCCACUCCCACCUGGAGAACCUACAGAGGCUGCCGCCUGACGCCGUGCUGCAGCAGGUCACCUUGAGCUACGGGGGUCCUGAGAACCCACGUAACGUGGUGAAUGUGGCAGGAGGCUUCAGCCUGCAGCAGGAUCCCACUCGGUUUAAGUCUGUCCACUGCCUUCUCUACCCGGACACAGACUGGUGUCCCGUGCACAAGCAGAGUGACCUCGUCUCUCGGUGACCCUCGAUUCCUAACCCAUGGAGCAGGAACUAUGCUGACCCCUCCUGGCCUUGGCUCUCUCAGGUGGUCACGGCCACAUCCAGGGCCACAGCCACAUGUGGGCGCCGUGCAGGCCUCCCCCAGAUCCCCUGGCGGGCCAGGUGACCAGGGGUCCAGGCUGUGCCAUGUGCGGGCGGCCCCGGAAAGUGGGAAGGGGAGACACUGCCCCUCCCCCCAGCCCAGCCCUGAAGGCUUGCUCCCACGGGAAGGGGCCUGGGAGGAGGCUGGCCUACGGCACCCAGGGCUCCGUCCUGCCCUCCUCCCCGGGCUGGAGAGGGGGUUCCAGGCCAGGGUCACAUGCGGGACCCUUCAUCUGACCACAGGCCAGCGCGGAGGCUUUUCUUGCAGGUCCCUGGGGGAACGCCCUCCGCACACCAGGCUCGGUGCCCAGCGAGGGCACCGCCGUCUCAGGGCGGCUGCAGUAAGGACUCCGGCCGUGCUUGGGGCACAGCUUACUUCUUGCCAGGGCAUCUCCAUCCAGAGGCCAUUUCCUCGGGGGGGGGGGGGGGGGGCUCUUGGCCGAGGCCUUCUUUCUGCACUCUGACUCCCCAUGUAGUACUUUUCCUCCCCUCCCCUCCCCCCAAGCCCGGCCAAGUCCAGAAAGCAGGAGCCUCUUGUCUGGGGUCCGUCUGCAGCACGGCAGCCCCUCCCCAGCAGAUGACACCCCCGACUGUGCCUUUUCUGGAGGAGAGUGUGGAACCAGGAGCUGGCACUUCCGUUCCGGCCCCUUGCUGUGCUGUUGUCAUAAGUGAAUAAAGGCUUGAUCUUCA